UUCAUAUAGUACCCAAAAAUUCUCUUAUUACCAAAACACUCCCAUAACCACCAACAAGAAAAUAAAAAGGGCAUGAAUUUUCCAGAUUCUUCAUUGUUCACACCAAAUUUUGCUUAUGAAAAUGAUUUAGAUUUCUCUAGUUUGAUCACUCCUUCAACGCGUGUAUCAUUCCAAGAACCUAAACCAUGUAAUCCAGUCAUUCAUAGUGCAGGGAUUGAGAACGAUGGAAGACAAAACUGUGAGACGACCAUGACAUUAAGCGAAAUCAUGAAAGGAGACGAUGAGCCGAAGAACAAGAGAGCUAAACAUAAAGAGCUUGAGAGACAAAGAAGGCAAGAAAACACAUCUCUAUUCAAGAUUCUAAGAUAUUUAUUGCCAUCUCAAUACAUAAAGGGUAAACGUUCCUCGGCAGAUCACGUUCUAGAAGCAGUGAAUUACAUCAAAGACUUACAGAAGAAGAUCAAAGAGGUCAGCGAAAAAAGAGAUAGAAUCAAGAGAUCUAUUACUCAUCCAUCAUCAAGAGGAGAAUUUUCAAUAAGAUCAUUAGCAUCAUCAACUUGUUCUUGUGUUGGAGACACGAACAUUGCUGUUGUGGUUAGGCCUUGUUUGAUCGGACUAGAGAUCGUAGUAAGUUGUUGUAACAGACACGAAUCUUGUCUAUCAAGUGUUCUUCAACUCCUGGCUCAAGAGCAAUGCUUUAAUAUUGUUAGUUGCAUCUCAACUAGACUACACCAAGGAUUCAUACACACCAUUGCUUCUGAGGUCGAGGAGGGAAUAGAGGUUUAUUUCUCAGAGCUUCAAGAAAAGAUAAUCAAAAUUGGAACCUCAAGAGUCACUACUCGCUAGUCAGAGUUUAUUAAACCUAAAAAUUUUAUGAAUUUACGUCCUAAUUAAGAUAUAUAUCCUCAACCAUUCCCACCACCACAAGCAUGUUGUGUUUUUAGUUUUUAGAAGUUUAUAUUGUUCAGGAUGUGGAUGCUGUUUGAAUUGUUGACUAAUACAAAAAAAAUUAUGAAUUGUUUUUUUCCUAUAACAAGUUGUAUGAAUAAUUUGAUUAAUGCAAAAUUUUGUG